AGAGAGAUUGAGGCAAAAAGAAAAGAUGUCUGCCUUGGUGAGAAAAUCAAAGAUUACCGGGCUGCCUGGCAUAUCAGCCAGUUUGCAUCAUUCAAGAACGCAACUACCCAAAAUUACCAUUAAGCGUACAGCUUACAAACAGGUGACUCAUGAAGCUUAUGACAUAGAUAUGAGCAGUGAGGCUACAUUUGAAAGGAAUGCCUCCACGUUGUUUUUUACAGAAUUAUUCCGAGGAUUGGCAAUGACACUGAGUAUGAUGUUCCGUGAGCCAGCUACCAUCAACUACCCAUUUGAAAAAGGACCUCUCAGCCCCAGGUUUCGGGGUGAGCAUGCUCUUCGACGUUAUCCUUCUGGAGAAGAGAGAUGUAUUGCAUGCAAGCUUUGCGAAGCAAUAUGUCCUGCACAGGCGAUAACUAUUGAAGCAGAACCACGAGCUGACGGUAGUCGACGAACAACGAGAUAUGAUAUUGAUAUGACAAAAUGUAUAUAUUGUGGAUUUUGUCAAGAAGCCUGUCCAGUCGAUGCUAUUGUUGAGGGACCUAAUUUUGAAUUCUCUACCGAGACCCACGAAGAAUUGUUGUAUAACAAGGAAAAGCUUUUGGAAAAUGGUGACAAAUGGGAAGCGGAGAUUGCUGGCAAUAUCAAAGCAGAUUAUUUGUAUAGAUAAUCAGUAAUAUGUGGUAAAAUCAGUCGCUUGAAUGCUUAUUUGUUUAUUGUUUUUCUUGUGACAUAGCAUUUAACGUAAAAUAAUCAAAUAUAUUCUUUUUUGUACUUAGUA